AAAGUAGAGUGAAGCAGAGAGCAACUUCGCCAGUUUGGGUUAACUUGCAGUGAAGUGAGUUUGUGUGUACUUUUUUCAUCUUUAUUUCAUUUUUCAUCAUCAACAUCAACAUCGACAAACAAACACACAUACACACUUUUUCUUUAUUAUUGUUCCAACCCGGAUUUGAUAUUUGUUAUUUUUAUUGUGUAUAUUGGAUGUUUAAUUGGAUGAUUCAAUGGAUCCUCAUCACGAACCAUUUGAAAAAUCUUAUAAAGUUGGUCCACUUUUAGGUAAAGGUGGUUUUGGUACUGUUUUUGCCGCUUUAAGAUGCCGUGAUGGUCUUCCCGUCGCUGUUAAACAUAUAUUUAAAGAAAAGAUAGUCGGUUGGGACACAACCGUUGGACCAAACAGGAUACCAAUGGAAAUUAGUUUACUAAAAAAAGUGAACCAUAUAAGUGGAGUAAUCCGUAUAAUUGACUUUUACGAGAGAUCAGACUCUUUUAUUAUUAUAAUGGAAAGACCAGAAUCAGCAAUGGAUUUAUUUGAUUUUAUAAGUGAAAAAGGAGUACUCGAUGAGAAACUAUCUCGUGUAUUUUUCCACCAAGUUGUAGAGACUGUAAUUUCAUGCCACAAAGCAGGAGUAAUUCAUCGUGAUAUUAAAGAUGAAAAUAUUCUCGUCGAUCUUGACACAUUAAAGCUUAAGUUAAUAGACUUUGGGUCUGGUGCUCAUUUAAAAGAAGGUUAUUAUACCGAUUUUGAAGGAACCCGUGUCUAUAGUCCGCCUGAGUGGAUUAAAAACAAUAAAUAUAAGGGUAAAUCAGCAACAGUCUGGUCCCUUGGUGUUCUUCUUUACGACAUGGUGUGUGGUGACAUUCCAUUUGAAAAAGAUGAACAGAUUUUAAAAGGUGAAAUAAGAUUUCCUCGUCGUCUCUCUCGUGAAUGCCAGGAUUUAAUUUUAAAGUGUCUCUCCAAAAGUCCAAUGUUCCGUCCAUCAUUAGAUGAGAUUUUAAAGCAUCCUUGGAUGAGUGUCGACCUUGAUGGCUGCACCACCGUGUCAACAACAAUUCCAGUCAAUGGUAACUCAAGGAGAUCCCAAGCAACCGUUGACGAUUCAGACUCAACAAGCGGAGAAUCACCACCAAGCAGUCAAUGCAGUAUUUGACCACUCUUACAGUUGUAGAUACCCUUAAAUUGUACCUUAAUUUAUCGCAUUUGUACAAAAAACCAUCUCUUCCAUAAUGCAAAUUAUAACUACUCUUGUCUCAUAAAAAAAGA